GCUUCUUCCGAUCUCUUGAAUGCACUUCUUGCGUCCUAUUGCUCGGUCAUUGCAAUCGCGAAACUUCCUCACACACUCCCGCAGAACCAUGUCUUCUGAGUCUACCAACGGAGCAAACGAAUCGAAGCCCAUUCUCGCCCUUCCUUCUACAGCCGAAGAAACCGUCAAGGUCGGAAUCAACGACAAUUACAAACUCAAGGAAUUAGGCCCUGUAGUCGUGAAUGAAGAUGGCACUUUGAGCCGUAUCAAUAACUGGCAUGAAAUGGCCGAUAUUGAAAAGGACAACGUGAACAGAAUUUUGUUAAAGCGCAACAGAGAACGAUUAGCCCGAUUGAAGGAAAAAGAACAAUGACACUAAAAGCAUUUUUCUUAUUUCUUUUUUUUUUGUAAUAUAAAACUGGUUUAUUUUCGCGCUUUUUUU